AUGACAGAUGUGGGGGACGGGAGGCUACAUUAUGACCGUGCUUCUGCGCACUGUGCUACCGGCGUGUUGGCGCCGCAUUGUGGGGCAUAUCUCCCAGUGGUCGAAGCCCAGUCCAACAUCCCACCAAAACUGCGGAUGCCGGCUUCCCUUCUCUUCUCCAAUUUUUGCUUUCAUCGGCAGCUUUCAAACUGCAAUAAUCUCCCUCCAAAGCUUUUGCCUUUGCUUGCUUCCAUCUCGAGCUUGAAGCGCGCGGCCUCGAAAUGCGGCCAAUAG